CAAAUUCAGGCGCCAUUAUUGACCUGUAGCUAGGUAAGAGGACAGUGAGGCUUGUGGGCUUAGCUAGAGAAAAAGAGGACUUCUGAAAACACGUUAGUUAAACACUUGUCUGUUACUGAGCUGCAGAAGCGAAGAGAGGACAUGAUGCUACAAUGACUGAACAGAAAAUUUGAAAUUGUGGGGAAGUCAGGGUGUCCCCAUGAUGUGUCACAAAGCUCCUCCUCUCCCAUUAUGGUUGUAGAUGGCACCAUGCUGGAUAAAACCAGUGAUAAAGGCCAGCAGACUGGGCGCUGCUCAGACUGUGGAUGCAGCCUACCACAGCCUGACUCUGACCCUGAUUCAUCCAACACUUCAACACCUCCUAAACAGCAGCGUGUGCACAAAACAGACAGUCCUUCCAAAUGUCUAUCCUGCCAGGCAGGCAGCAGCCUCCCCAAUGGUCGACGGCCACACCGGCGCAUCCGUCUCGACCCUCACAGCUGCUCCCUGUGCCCCAAAACCUUCAUCUCCUCAGCUCACCUGAGCCUUCACCUGGCCUCCCACAACAAGGAGAGGAAGUUCAGAUGUAGCACCUGCGGAAAGUACUUCCAUCAGUCCUCCCACCUGGUGGCGCACAAGACAAUCCACAGCGGGGACAGGCCGUUUAAAUGUCCAGACUGUGGUAAGACCUUCGGCCGGGCAUCACAUCUGAAGACUCACCGUCGGCUUCACACCGGCGAGAAGCCCUUCAAGUGCACCUACUGUGACAAGUCGUUCACCCAGAAGGCCGGGCUCCUGGCACAUGUUCGCCUACACACAGGGGAGCGGCCGUACAAGUGUGAGCAGUGCGGUGAGGGUUUUCGCUCUUUGUCGCUUCUGCUCUCUCACAAGGAAUCCUCUGGGAAGGAAAAGUCAGCAUCCGCACCAGCGCUCAACCAGACCCAGACGACACAAAGUAGCCCCGAGGAUCUUAAGUGUGGCGUCUGCUGCCGCACCUUUGUACGGUCGUCAUACAUCAGGCUGCACAUACACCUCAACAAGGGACAGCGACCUUAUCACUGCAAAGUGUGCAACAAGACCUUUGUCAAGCUGGAUACGUUUGUAAACCACUGUGAUAAACACUUGAGGCAGAAAAAGGAUAAAAGCAAGCAAGUUAAGGACAAAGUGGUUAAACCUCCUCUGUUCGUCCCGCUGUCCAGACCUGCUUCUCCUGAGUCCUCCUUACCCCCCCAACCUUUAUCCUCAGAGGUCAACACGCGCUCCAGAGCGAAAGCCAAGAGCAAAACGGAGCCAUGAUUGACAAGGGUGCAUCCACGAGACAAAAAUGGUCUUUACAUAAAAAAAAAAAGAGGUUCUGCCACAGCGCUUGAUAACAAAUGCAGUUGGGCAGUUAUGUCAUGACAUGUCAGUGAAACUGGCUUUCAAACAAAGUCUCACCUGUUACCAACAGAGCAAAUGAAAAAUAUACCAUCAGUCGUAAACCAGACAGGGAUAGAGAACAAUUUGUUGUUUAAUAACUCCCAAAAUAAGUUCAUAUGAUUCACAGUAUGUCGACAUGAGUUUACUAAUUGUAGUUAUUUUAUUUAGAAUAAUUAAUUUUAUUGUGAACAAUUAAUUAUAUUUGUAAUCACUCCAGUUGUGUUUUUUAAUGGAUAUUUUAGGUCAUAAGGUGAAUUAACAUUUGUAAGUAACAUUUGUUCACUCCAAUCUUUGAAUAUAUAUGAAACCAUGUAAUAUCUCUAACCAUUCUUAGUUACAGUUGGAUCUGUUGUUUUCUUAUAUCCAGACAAGACUACUGGCAUGUGUAGCACUUGUACAAAUGACAAUGUAAAUGAAAUGCGUAUUGUAGAACACUAUGCACAGCGAGUAAAAUGGGCAUAAAAACA